AUGUAUACCUUCAAAAUCGCCCUCCCUGCGCUGUUUGCUCUUUCAGCAAAUGCCUUGUUUGACUGCAACAAAAACCAACACGCCUUUGAUCCUACACCGGGGAAAUUUGUAGUCCACUUUACUACUGCCCGAGACAGCCAUUACAACAACGAACCCUGGAUCCGAAUCUGUGUCCCCAAUAACUCAGGCUCUUGGGAUAAUGUUGACCCGCUGGGUAUUCCCUGUGACACAGCAGGCCCGAAGAAGUUCAGUCCAAGUCAAACUGGCCUGAAGGCCGAUCUGAAGGUCGGACUUGGUGAUGCAUGUGAUGGGAGGGGUACAAUGAAGGGGUCUUAUCUGGAAUACAAGACUGUCACCAUUGAUUUACACGGAAACUAUAACAAUGGCAAGACUUGUGGGAAGCGUGACCAUGGAAGAUCGUGUCAGCUCGAGAUCUGUGCCAUUGAUGAAUUUCUCGUCAACAAGCAAGGGAAGCGCAACGCAACUUGCAAGCGGCAUUCGAAUAAACGUUCCUUGGAGGUCGAUGACUGGGAGAAUUUCAUUCAGGACCAACCUGAAAUACUGGACGGGAAAUACACAGUUAAUUUGGAUGCUCUACCGGUCAACUCUGGUUCUCUACGUGCCCAAGAGAAUGCAAUUCCUCGAUCGGAGCUAAAUGCAGCAAUGCGAGAUCUUGCUGAGAUUAUCUGGAAGGAAGGAGAAUUUCGGUUCACUCAUAAAGCAACCAACUGGCCCAGCCUAACGUACACGUACCGCUGUUCCCAAGAUGCGAUGGGUACCAAAAAGUAUCAAUCUCCCGUGGAGCCAGAGAAGCGACGGGAUGGCCGACGCAUGGAUCGAUUCCCAUGCGAGAGCAAGCUCAGAAUACGCCCUUGUUUACACAGUCGAACCCUUGCCGUUUCAAUCCACCACAAAUGGCAUACACCCUACGAGGAUGCCCGCGUACCGCCACCUGUGCUGGAAUUGAUUAAUUCCCGCGUAUCAAGCGAGAGUUACAAGACUGCAGCGGAGAUAACCCGUGAAAUUCGAGCCGUCCCCGAGGCGAAAUCUGUGUCAAGACAUCAAGUGUAUUAUCUCUGGCGGAAGGCAAAUCCUCAGCGACACUCUGAUCCCUUCGCCUCAGCUACAAUGCUCCUUGCUGAAGACAGCGACUCUCAAAGUCACUAUGCUGUGGCGUUGGAGGCCACGGGAACAUGUCCAUGA